CUUUCCUCUCUGGAGCCUAACUGAUUGGAGGUUCGGAGGGCUCAGCUUCGGCACGAACCAAGUAGCCAUGGCCCAAACCUGCGCGGGAAUAUGCUCUGUUAUUUUCCAGUUAUACGUGUAUGCUCCGCUUGUCAACAGAGUGGGUGCUCGUGGGGCCGUCCAGGUGUCGCUGUCAGUUGGCUUCGUUAUAGUCACAUGGCUUCCCUUCAUCCGCGCGUUCGGCCAUGGCAGUCAAGCCACCGCCAUUGCUGCUUGCCUCUCCCUGGCCAUGCGGAGUUUUGCGCAGUGUGUGUUCACAUCAGGCUUCAUCUUCAUCAACAACAGCAUCACAGACCCGUCCAUGCUUGGUGCUGUCACGGGCAUCACACAGAGCAUCAACCUCUUUUUCAGGGCCAUGGCACCUGCUGCUGGUGCAUCCGUGUUUGCAUGGAGUAUCAGCGGUAAAGGGUUCUUUCCUUUCGACUACCAUUUCUUCUUCUUUGCUCAGGCAGCUCUUCAGCUCGUUUUGAUAUUAAUUUCUCGGUCCAUGCCGGACCAUAUUGACAAGCCAAAGUUUGUUAGGCGUCAAACAUAAGUGUAUCAAAACGAUGAAUUUUAUUGGGUGGGCUUUC